AUGACAAACUACGAUAAGCAAAAGACUCGAGAACUCAUCAACUCCUUGUCCAGACUAUUAGAAGCCAAGAAAAGCCUGAUGGAUACCUCCAAGUUCAAAUUUAAGGGUGCUCCCAUAAUUCUACAAACCGACAACUCUCCAACCAAGAACCUCAAUAUACAAGUGGGACCAAAGCCUUAUAUGGAAAACAUAUUUGACCAACGGAUUGAAAUACAAAGUCCUGUCAACCACUUGUUGCUCAAACAAUUUGAACGGUGUAUUGUUCUCAACCACAAAAACAGUUCGUCUGUGAACUUACAAACAGGCGCCAACUCAAUAUUACGAUUUGAUAUCGAUGGAACCAUCUCGGCAACUGGCCUAACCAACUGCAUUGUACUUGCCAAUUGUCAUCAGCUCCGGCUCCACAACAUCACAAACUCAUUGGUUGUAUCUGAUAUCACUACAAACGUGAUAAUGGAAAACUGUAUGAAUGUCAAGUUUUCUGGGGCUGUGAACGUGGAUGACUUCAACUUCAACUUUACCAACUCCCAAAACUACCUGUACGUUGAGAUAGAGCGAGAAUCACUUGACUGGAUCAAUGGGCAAUAUGAUGCAGAUUUGCUUCAGCAGACUCUUGGUCUAAUCCAUGACUGUUCGUAA